GCGGCAGUUUUAAGUUGAUUUUAAAAAAAUGGAAAGUGAAAAUUGCGAGCUUUCUGAUCAAAAUGCAGUUAAUUUAACUAUAUCAAAGGCAGAAGCACGAAGAAGAAGGAUCCUAGAGAACAGUAAUAAUCGUCUUGGUAAAAUUACAGGACGGGUUCACAAUGAAGAACUACCAAAAGUUGAGGUAAUUGAGACCAAUGGACUAUAUCCUGAUCCAGAUUUUGAACGAGACGUUUUUGAGGCAUCGAGUAGUUUAAAUCCUAGCAAUAAUCAAGAUGUUUUUGAGUUAUUAAAGACAUUACAGCAAGAUAAAAACAUUACAUCCGAAGAAUCACAACAACAACAACAACAGUCACAAGUUCCACAAAGUCCUGUAUCUAAAUUCAUCAGAUCAAAAUACCCAAUAAUCAUCGCAGCAUUACUAGUUUAUGCUCUAUUUGCAUUAAGAAUGGAUAAAUUAAUUGGAAGUUCAGUCUUCAUCUUGUUAAUUUUAUGGGAAGUUUUUGAGUUCACUAUGACUACAUUCAUCAUUAAAGACCCAACGCAGCAGAAUCAAUUUACCGUACUAAUUGGCAUGUUCCUUGGUCUCGAUGCACGCGCUAUUCAGAUUCUAAUGAAAGUACUCGGAUUAUUUAACAAAAUUCUUCGUGAUAUUGCUACAUUUUUAUUCACAUUCGUUUUUGCCCAUUUAUUUUAUAGCUAUACAAUUACUGGUGAAAGUUUAAGCGAAAUCUUAGAUAAAGAUUUCAAUAAUUUAUUAGCAAAAGAUGAGCUAUAA